AUGUGCAAUUUCCUGCCAGUAAACUAUAGCAAAUCAACACGACCAAUCAAAUUAUUAGAUGCAUUAACAACGCAACCACGCAUCACAAAUUCUUUCCACAAUUCUUCAAACAAAAUUUUUUUACACGACAAUUCUAUUAAAUCUAGCAAGAGAUUCCACUACAAAGUCCACAAAAGGUAUCCCAUCCUCACUAAACAUACACUUCAUUUUUGUUUUCUAGAUUAUAAUAACUGUUUAAGAAAUAUCACUAAUAACUACAGUACGGCAAAUAUGUCGCAGACACAGACAACCACAGUCGUCGAGCCUAAAUCCAAAGUCGAUACGUCUGUAAUCACUCUGAAGGCCGAUAAGCCCAAAGAGAUCUUCAGAAAGGACUACAAACCGCCUGACUUCAUAAUAUAUAACACUCACCUCACCUUCCAAUUACACUAUACGGAUACCAUAGUAACUUCUAGUUUGGAAAUGCAAAGACUCAAAGGAUCCAUGGCAAGCGACUUGGUUUUGCAUGGAGAUGAACUAAAGUGUCAGAAAGUAUUUGUGAAUGAUCAGGAAUUGAAUAAUUCACCCAUUGACGGUUAUAGCAUUGAUAAAGAUAAUCUGAUCAUCCCUUCCAAAUUCCUCCCCAGUGACUAUGAAACAAAGUUUAAUGUAAAAACCAUAGUUUCAAUAAACCCAUCGGAAAACAAACUUUUCAUGGGCCUGUUCAAAUCUGGCGAUUUGUUUUGUACACAAUGCGAAUCUGAAGGAUUUAGACGCAUUACAUAUUACCUAGACAGACCGGACGUCAUGUCCAUGUUUAAGGUUAAAAUUGAAGCAAACAAAAAGCAAUUUCCAGUGCUAUUGUGUAAUGGAAAUAUGAUAGAGUCUGGAGAUCUUGGUGUUGAUUGCCAUUAUGCCGUAUUCGAUGAUCCCUUCAAGAAACCCAGCUAUUUAUUUGCUUUGGUUGCAGGACCUUUAUCGUCUAUCACAAGUGAAUUUAUCACAAAAUCUGGUAGAAAAGUGGAACUGAGCGUACUGAGUGAAUCAGAGUAUGUCAACAAGUUGGAGUGGGCCAUGGAAAGCAUAAAGAAGUCAAUGAAGUGGGACGAAGAUAAAUAUGGACUCGAAUACGAUCUUAACAACUUCAAUGUAGUUUGUGUUAAGGAUUUUAACAUGGGAGCCAUGGAAAAUAAGGGGCUCAAUGUAUUUAACACUGACCUCUUGUUGGCCGAUGAAAAUAUUACUACAGAUGCAGAAUUCAUGCGUAUUCUCUCUGUAAUUGGACAUGAAUACUUCCAUAAUUGGACUGGAAAUCGUGUAACCUGUAGGGAUUGGUUUCAACUCACAUUGAAGGAGGGAUUAACUGUUUUUAGGGAGAGUCAGUUCAUUUCUGACAUGUGGUCCAAGGCUGUAUGCAGGAUACAGGAUGUACAGUACAUUAAAGGGCCUCAAUUUACCGAAGAUAGCGGUCCCAUGUCUCAUCCAAUUCGUCUUGAAUCGUACAUUUCGAUGAACAACUUCUACACAGGCACAGUUUAUGAGAAGGGUGCUGAAGUUAUCAAAAUGUACCACACUAUACUAGGUGACAAAGGCUUUAGACGAGGUAUAGACUUAUACUUUAAGAGACAUGACGGACAAGCGGUUACUUGUGAUGAUUUUUUGUCUGCCAUGGCAGACGCCAAUAACUACGACUUUAAGCAGUUUGAGCUGUGGUACUCCCAGUCAGGCACGCCGAUUAUAGAAGUUUUAGAGUCCAAAUACUUACCUGAUAAGCAAAUCUAUACAAUAACUUUAAAACAGACAAACAAACCUAGUGUUUCUCAGCCGGUGAAACAUAAUUUGCAUAUACCAAUAAAAUUUGGAUUGAUUGGCAAGAUUUCUAAGAAGGAUCUUAUAUCUUCCGAUAUCUAUCCAGAUUCUCAAAUUUUGAACUUGAAGGAGGGUAUGCAAACUUUUGAAAUACCAAAUAUUACUGAAGAUUGUAUCCCAUCAAUACUGCGUGACUUUUCUGCCCCGGUAAAACUCAUUCAUAACCAAUCUAUUGGAGACCUAUCCUUUCUUAUGGCCUAUGAUUCGGAUCCUGUCAACAAGUGGAUGGCAAGUCAAACAUUAUUAUCCAAUAUAAUACUUGAAAGGGUCAACGACAUCAAGGCUGGCAAUAGUUUCAAGCCCAUUUCGGGUGAGAUAAUUGGUUGCUUCAAGGAGGCUCUCAAGAUUCCAGACAAGGAAAUGAAGGCUUUAAUAUUUAAGUUGCCAGACAGUGAUGCCUUGUCAAAUGACAUAAAUGACUACGACCCAUUUCAAUUGAGGAAUGCUAAGAAUUCGGUUAAAUUAGAGCUUCUGAAACACUUGAAACCAGAAUUUCUACAAGAAUACAACCAAAACACCGUAGCCAGCGGCACAAAAGAAACGAUUUCAAAGGAUGACAUUGGCAGGAGAAGUCUACGCAAUGUGAUAUUUAGUUACUUGGUAGCAAAUAAAGGAGAGGCUGACGCUGAAAUGGCCUAUAACCAUUAUUUGCUUGCUACAAAGAUGACCGACAAACUUUGCGCAUUGUUACACCUGUGCGAAAUGGAUUCUCCACUAAAACAAUUAGCGCUUGACCAUUUUUACAAUUCGGCAAAUGGCGAGAUACAGGUUAUUGAGAAAUGGUUCCGAGUACAGGCAUUGGCAGAUACGAAGGAGACAUUGGAUAGGGUAAUGGAACUGAUGAAUCACGAAAAAUUCAGCUUUACAAAUCCCAAUAGCAUGAGAGCUCUAGUCUAUGCGUUUACUUACAACGUGCAAUUCCACAGAGAUGAUGGCGCUGGUUAUAAGUUCUUGGCAGAUGUCAUCAUGAAGUUGGAUAAGAUAAAUCCAAUAAACGCUGCCAGAGGAUGCGGUAGGCUUGUGUCCUGGAAGAAAUACGAUCCCAAGAGGCAGGAGUUGAUAGUAGGUGUUUUGAAGAGUAUGCUCGAGAAGAGUCUGUCGAAUGACUUGUACGAGAUUGUACACAAGGCACUAACACUCUAG